AUGGAAAAAGCUCCAGGUCCAGAAAAAGUGACAAACGAACUUAUUAAAGGCACCCUUGAAGAACUACUACCAAUACUCACUUCAUUAUUCAAUGAAAUACUAUCAACGGGUCUAAUCCUUACUAAAUGGAAAACAUCAAACAUUAUACUUAUAUUCAAGAAAGGAAAAAAGGAAGAUAAUGUCAAAUAUCUACAAGAUAACUGCAAAGUUGUUAAAACCUGUGACCUUGAAAUAAUCCCAGAUGUAGAAAUAAUUGAUAUUCAAGAGAAAACUGCUGCAUAUAUAGAGAGGGAAUAUGAUUAUGUUAGUGGAUACUUUGAUCGAUGCACUAAAAAAAUUGUAGCUAAUGUAGAUACUGCUAACAUAAUCACCCUAGAAAGUCUCUAUAGUGUCUUAUAG